AUGCUGCAAACACUGACUGGACUACAGUUUCAGCUCAGAGGAAAGCUAAAGGAUCAAGACUGGACAGAAAAGCACCCUCGAGAAGAAGCCCGUGCACAUUAUUCACAGUGUCAUAUGCCAGUUUCACAGUAUCCUGGGUUCAGUGGAUUUUUUCCAGUGGGAACACAUUUUUCAUCAGACAAAGCCUCAGCAAUCUCAGAGGUACAAACACACUUGGAAAAUCAGUCUAGAUACCACAUACAACAAAGCCAGAGGCACCAGGUGAAGCAAUACCUGACCCUCGAUACGAAGCUGUCCAGCCAGACGUUCUCCCUGUCCCACUCCCACACAAUCCAGCCUGCAGGAGUGACCUCCAUUUUAAGAAACGGACACAUGCCUCCCGUCAGCGAUAUUGGCACACCAGAAAGUCCUGUUACCAAGCUGCUGGCUCUUGGAGGCGAACACGAAAAUGCGAUGGAAGAGGUGAUUGAAGACAUAAUCAGUAUGGAAUCAAGUUUUAAUGAUGAAGGGAUAGGUUGUUCUGAAACACCUCUACUAAUGCAAAGAACUCUAUCUAGCAGCAUUUUGGAUAUAUAUAACAGUGACCAGGGAAUGGCAUCAGCUAAUAUGGGUCUCACAAAUGCUUCUUGCCCAGCUAAUCUACCAGUAAAAAGGGAACUCACAGAAGCAGAUACACGAGCAAUGGCAAAGGAAAGACAAAAAAAGGAUAACCACAAUCUCAUUGAGAGAAGAAGAAGGUAUAAUAUUAAUUACCGAAUCAAGGAGCUUGGCACACUCAUCCCCAAGUCUAAUGAUCCUGAUAUGCGCUGGAACAAAGGAACUAUUUUAAAAGCAUCAGUGGAGUACAUCAAGUGGCUACAAAAAGAACAACAGAGAGCCAGAGAAUUAGAACACAGGCAGAAGAAAUUAGAGCAUGCUAACAGAAGACUUCUACUCCGAAUUCAGGAACUAGAGAUCCAGGCACGCGCACAUGGCCUUCCAGUCAUGUCUUCAGUCAAUGUUGUGGAUUUAGCUGCACAGGUCAUCAAGCAACAGUCUUAUCCAGAGGAGAACUCUGUCGACUACUCUCAACAAAUGCCUCUGGCACAUGGACCAAGUUCUGAUGUUUGCAAUGGAUCUACAGCCUUCUCAGAUCCACUUUCACACUUCACAGAUUUGUCCUUCAGUGCAGCUUUAAAAGAAGAGCAACGGCUAGAGGAAAUUCUACUGAAUGACACAGUGUCACCAUUUGGAACAGACCCACUGUUGUCCUCCACGUCUCCGGUCGCAUCGAAAGAGAGCAGCAGGAGAAGCAGCUUUAGCACAGAUGAUGGAGAUGAUUUAUAA